AUGUUGGCUAACGGCCAGCUCGAUGAAGAGGUGAACCCCGACCCCUAUCACGAGCUUCCCCAUCCUGGCACUCGCCCGGGUGAUCAUGACGACUAUGAGCACCCCCUACCUCAACCGGGUCAGCGGGCCGUGGAGACGCAACCCGGCUUCUUCGGUCUGCUGCGCGAGCUCAUGGGCAACAUCAGCAUCGGCGAUGAUCGACAGGAUACACCUGCUUCCCGCGAUGACUACGAGUACAGACCGUACAACUACCCUGGCCACCAGCAGCAACAGGCGCCGCCGCCCUACGCACCCCGUCAUGACGAGCACGAUCACGAGCAUGAGCAUCCGCAGCCACGCAAUGCAAGGGGACCGAGGACGUUCCGCUUCAACAUCGGCGGCGGCUCCGCAGUCAUCGAGAUUGGCGGCGGGCCUGCGCCCAACCCCUGGGUCGGCGGAUACGAUGGUGCCCCCGGUGAUCCCACGCAGGGACUGGAUUCUCGCAAAUCGCUCGUACCCGAGGAGCCAAGACCCCAGGCGUCUCGACAAAACAGUCAACAGGGUCGCGCUUCGGAGCAGACGGGUUCGGCGGAGCCGGCCCCGCAGCAACAGACACAGGGUGGUGGCACCGCCGGCCUGCUCGCUGGUGCGGCGCAGACGAUGAUCACGGGUGUUCUGAAUCGUCUCUUCGGGCAGCAAGGCGGACCCCCACCUUCAGCCUCCAACACGGCCACACCAGCGCACUCUCCCCCUCACUCGCCACCGGCGAACGCGCAGGAGCCCGAGUCUCCGCAGAACGCUGACCGGGAUGCAAGUUUGCAUCGCUCUGAUCACUCCGAUCCCCCCGAGCCUUCCCUUCCCCACGUUCCGGACGGACCGCCUGCGUGGUACCGCAACUUCUUCGCGCCGUCUCCCGACCCGCCACGCACCCCGGACUCGCCGACAGCCCCCAGCCCGUCCAGGCAGUUCCCUGCCUCCGGCAUUCCUUCCUCCAGCCAGGAGAUCAGGCGCACGCCUUCUUUCCGCUCGCGCGAGCCCACGCGUACGCCGUCCCAACGCACGUCGUCCAACUCACGCCCCUCAACUCCCGGGACGUAUCUCUACAACCCUAAUCCCGACUCCAACGGCGUGUCAUCCGGCCGUCCAAAUCCCCUCUUCGCGCAGCCGUUCUUCCAGCUCCCUCCACAGAAUCCGACCAGUGCGUCGGCGCCUGCGUCGUCGGGCGCGUCACCUGUUAGGGAGACGAGGGCGGAGACGCCAAGGAGUGCCAGCCCACCGCCACAGCUCGAGCAGGCUGCCCGUGACGAACAAGAGAGUUGGGCCAAGGAUCGCCCAUGUCAGCCAGAAGAUGAUCCUCCCGAGCCAUUGGUUGAGGAGCUGAAUGAGUACAGGGCCAGGCAGGCUCAGCGUGAACGGCAGCAGAAGGAGGAGGGCACAUAG